CACACAGCGAUCAGAAGGUUUCUUCUUCCCAUCUGCACUGUCGCAUUUCAUCUGCUGUUCAACUGAGAUGCCGGUGGAGGCAAGGCCAGUCAGAGACAGAUCUGCUGUGGGCCGCUUUCCAACUGUCACUUUAGGAUUUUUGGAGGAAACUGAGGAAGAAAAGGAAGCAGAAAAAGAGAAUGUGGAGACGGAAAGUGCAUGUCGUCAGUGGCUGCGAAAGGCCUGUCCCUGCUGUUUCCCCACGCCAAGUGAUGAUGAUUUGGCAAAUACUUUGGUCACAGGGAUUGAUGACCUGGAAAGUGGGGAGGGGUUAAAUGGAGAGAAGCCUGUGGUUGGUGACAGUGAGCUUGAUGCGCUCCUCCUGAAGGUGCAAUCAAUAGACCUGAUAAAGAGCAAAUCAGAGCAGAAUCGCAUGGAGCACCACACAGACCUCUACCAAAGUGAGGAUUUCAUCAUCCGCAGAGGACAGACUUUCCAGAUGUGGAUUACCCUGUCCCGACCUUUUAACCCCAGCACCGACAAACUUCACCUCAACCUUAAAAUAGGGUCUGUGCCAACGGUGUCAAAAGGAACUCACAUCAUCAUCCCUCUGGUGGAUGAACUGAGGGACGAUCGCUGGGAAGCUGCUGUGGUGAAACAGGACGACAAAAAGAUCAAGCUCUCCGUUAAUUCUUUACCGACCGCAGUCAUAGGCCGAUAUCAGCUCACAGUCCAAACCAACUGCCCAAAUGGCCAGGCUGUCUCCACACAUGAACCUGCAAAUGACAUCUACAUCCUGUUCAACCCCUGGUGUGAAGAUGACAGCGUGUUCAUGGAUUCUGAAGAUGAGAGGAAGGAGUAUGUUCUGAACGACGUUGGAACUAUCUACUAUGGCACAUCACAGCAAAUAGGACAGAGGACAUGGAACUAUGGGCAAUUUGAUGAAGGGAUUCUUGCUGCUUGUCUCUUUGUCCUGGAAAAGAGUGGAACUCCUCCAUCUGGCUGGGGAGACCCAGUUAAUGUAGCGCGAAUCAUCUCAGCCAUGGUAAACUCUGUGGAUGAUCAUGGUGUCCUGGAAGGAAACUGGUCAGGAAACUAUUCAGCUGGAACAUCUCCAACAUUUUGGAGUGGAAGUGUGGAAAUCCUGAAAGAAUACCAUAAAUACAUUGGUUCACCUAUUAAGUAUGGCCAGUGCUGGGUCUUCGCGGGUGUUGUCACUACGGUUUUAAGGUGUUUGGGUAUUCCCUGUCGAACUGUAACCAACUUCAGUUCUGCCCAUGACACAGAUGUCUCCUUGACAACAGAUGUAUACUUGGACGAGAACCUGGACCCUUUAGACCAUCUCAACACCGACUCUGUUUGGAACUUCCAUGUGUGGAAUGACUGCUGGAUGGCUCGUCCUGACUUGCCUCCAGGCAUGGGAGGCUGGCAGGCUGUCGACGCCACCCCUCAGGAGACCAGCCAGGGCACUUUCUGCUGUGGUCCUGCUUCUCUCAUGGCCAUCCGCAAUGGUCAGGUCUAUCUCAAACAUGACUCUGCGUUUGUGUUUGCUGAGGUGAACAGUGACAAAAUCUACUGGCAGAGAAACACAGACGGGACCUUUAGUCAGAUCCACAGUGAAAAAAAGAUUAUGGGUCACUUUAUAAGCACAAAGGCUGUCGGUUCCAAUGAGCGCAAUGAUAUUACACACCUUUACAAACAUCCUGAAGGCACAGAGGAGGAGCGCAUCGCUGUGGAAAGUGCAUGUCGCUAUGGCACCAAAGCAGAGGCCUAUUCCUCCCCAACAGCAGAGGAUGUCUCUAUAGAGGUGACCAUGGAUGGAAUUGGACCUCAAAUGGGAGGAGAUGCAAAUCUGACUAUCAGCCUGAAAAACAGCAGUUCUGAGGCUCGUACAGUUGUUCUGCACAGCCAGGUGGCAGUCAUGUACUACACUGGUGUACACAAGUCCACUGUGAGAAAAGACAAGACAGAUGUAGCCAUCCUCCCCAGUGAGAGUAAGAUUUUAGAGUGGAGUCUAGAAUACGAAGACUACAAGGACCAGCUGGUGGAUCAGGCCGCCCUCAUGUUGACCCUGUCAGGGAGGGUCAAAGAAACACAGCAAGUCUUAGCCACUCAGUUCAGCUUCAGGCUCAGGACGCCAGACCUCAACAUUAAGCCAAUCGGGAAGGCCAUGGUCGGGGAGAAGAUGGCAGUGGAGAUUUCCUUUACUAAUCCACUCCCACGGGUUCUAAAAGGGGUGAUGAUUCAUGUGGAAGGACUAGGCCUUCUAACCGCUCGGACGAUAAGUUGUGGAGAUAUUGGCAGCCGUGCCUCUGUAUCUAUGACUGAACACUUCAUCCCCUCCCUGCCCGGGCCAAGGAAAUUACUGGCUUCACUGGACUGCAAGCAGCUCACACAGGUCCAUGGUGUGGCGGACAUAACUGUGCAGGAUAAAAGCAAUGGGGCUCGAUAGCAAUUUCAGAAUGGAGGCUCGUUCAUAUUGAAUAUUGAUGUGAAAAUUUCAGUUACUAACAU